AGAAACACAAUCUACAAUCCAAGUCAAGCUCGACUACACGUUGGUGGAAGUCGAAGUGUGAGUUGUUUUAUGUAUGCGAUGUUUUCGAAUCACUGUUAUAGAUAGGCGAUCAUUUAUUUGUAGUGUUCCAGUUCAUGUUGUGCAGAACAUCAGAAUCCUCGACAUGACUGACGAUAAACUCAAGAGGUACGAGAAAAUAGAAUUCCUUGGCGAAGGACAGUUCGCUACUGUGUACAAAGCGAGGGACAAGGAAACUGGUGAGAUUGUUGCUGUGAAGAAGAUAAAACUUGGUACGAGGGCAGAAGCAAAAGACGGCAUCAACCGGACUGCUCUACGCGAAAUUAAGUUGCUCCAAGAGCUUUCUCACCCAAACAUAAUAGGCAUGUUUGAUGUUUUUGGCCACAGAUCAAAUGUGUCUCUGGUGUUCGACUUUAUGCAUACGGACUUGGAAGCUAUUAUCAAGGAUACCAGUAUAGUUUUAACGCCAGGUCACAUCAAAUCUUACAUUCUGCAAACUCUUCAAGGAUUAGAGUACAUGCACAUGAAUUGGAUACUGCACAGGGACUUGAAACCCAACAACCUUCUGAUCGACGAUAAAGGUAUUCUGAAGCUCGCCGAUUUCGGUCUGGCAAAGUUCUUUGGUUCGCCGACACGCAUUUACACCCACCAGGUCGUUACCCGUUGGUACAGAGCCCCAGAACUUCUAUUUGGUGCUCGUAUCUAUGGCACUGGGAUAGACAUGUGGGCUGUAGGUUGUAUUUUAGCAGAGUUGAUGUUGCGCGUUCCCUUCUUACCUGGAGACUCUGACUUAGACCAACUCAGUAGGAUAUUUCAGACUUUGGGAACGCCUACGGAGAAAGACUGGCCAGGGAUGCCUUCCUUGCCGGACUAUGUUCAGUUCCGAAGCUUCCCAGGAACACCGUUCAAGCACAUUUUCACUGCUGCCGGAGACGACCUCUUGGACUUGAUUGGGAAGAUGCUGGCUAUCAAUCCUCUCAGUCGCUGCACUUGCAGUGAAGCCCUUCAGAUGCCAUACUUCAGCAACAGGCCUCCACCUACUAUGGGAUCUAACUUACCUCUUCCAACAGCAUUGUCACAGAAGAGCGAGCAGAACUCCUCCAAGCGAAAAUUCAAGGAUGAUGAGCCGUCUGCCAUAAAGAAGCUGGUAUUCUAAUUGAUUGUUGUUGUGAAAGUGGAAGGCGAGUGUAUUGAUCAUCUUUUGUAUGCUGCUGAUAGCACAGAAAACAAAUACAGAUUUCUGUUAGACAUAUUACAAGCAUCA